AUGCCUCGAGCAGAAGCCGGCACAACGAAGGCGAUCGCCAACCAGAUGAAGGCCAAGGGUCUACAACGUCUGAGAUGGUAUUGUCAAGCCUGCGAGCGUCAAAUGCGCGACGAGAAUGGCUUCAAAUGCCACGUCGCAUCUGAGUCGCACAAUAGGAAAAUGCAGGAGUUAGGCUCAAACUUCAACAAGGCGAUCGGAGAAUACUCGAACGAAUUCAAGCGUGAUUUUGUCCAACUACUGCGCACAGGGCAUGGUGAGAAGAAAGUCAAUGCCAACCAUUUCUACCAAGAAUACAUUUCCAAUAAGUCCCACGUACAUAUGAACGCAACGAGAUGGCACAGUCUGACAGAUUUCUGCAAAUAUCUUGGGCAAGAAGGUAUCUGCAGAGUAGACAUUGAUGAGAAGAACGAGGAGCGAGGUGGUGCUAGUGCGCUGAUGAUAUCGUGGAUCGAUAAUAGCCCGGAAGCAAUGAGAAGGCAGGAGGCCUUACGGAAGAAAGAGAGACAAGAUCGAGGAGACGAGCACAGGGAGCAAAGACUGAUAGAACAGCAGAUACGGAGGGCAAGAUUGGCUGCUGGUCAGAAAUCUGAAGAGGUCGAGGACGAAGCAUCAAAAGACGAUGGUGUCGAAGAAGACGAACCGACAACACAAGGUAUCAAGAGAGUGGAUGGAGAAAAGAUAAAGCUCGAUUUCAGCUCAAAGAAGGCAGAAUUUGGAAAUCCACCUAGCCCACCUCUGACGGACAACAGUGGUUCGCCAGAACGAUCACAGGAGGACAAAGACAAGACUUCUCAUGAGGCUGAAGUUCCUGCAGCAAAGGAAGUUGCUGGAGCUACAAGUGUACGAACCGAGGCAGCUGCUAAAGAGUCGUUCAAACCUGUAUCUUUCGGCGCUUCGAAACCUAAAAACGUGUUUGCUACAGCCGCGAAGAAGAACGCGUUCGCAGGUGUGAAAAAGGCAACUCCCAUACAGCAACAGAAGCCAAUAAGCGAGGCUGAACGAAUCAUGAAGGAAGAGCUGGAGCGAAAGCGAUUACGUGAAGAGCGAGGCAGUAAUCAGCCAUUCAAGAGACAAAGAGUGACCUGA